GGGGUGGAGGGAAACGCAAAGGCAAAAGCAAAAAGUGGAAGGAAAUCUUGAAAUUCCCUCACAUUAGCCAGUGUGAAGAUCUCCGAAGAACAAUAGAGAGAGAUUACUGCAGCAUAUGUGAAAAGCAGCCGAUCGGAAGGCUUCUCUUUCGGCAGUUCUGUGAAACUCGACCUGCGCUCGAGUGCUGCAUUAGGUUCCUUGACUCAGUGGCAGAAUAUGAAAUUGCUCCAGAUGAAAAGCUGGGAGAGAAAGGAAAGGAGAUCAUGAUGAAAUACCUCACCCCAGAGUCUCCAGCCUUCGUUCCCGAAGUCAGUCAAGAUCUUAUCCAACAGACAGAGGAGAAACUCGAAAACAGCCCCUGCAAAGAGCUAUUCUCUCACUGUACAAAAUCUGUCCUUGACCACCUCAGUGGGGAACCAUUCCAAGAAUACCUAAGCAGCAUGUACUUCGACAGGUUUCUCCAGUGGAAGUGGCUGGAAAGGCAACCAGUAACGAAAAACACGUUUCGGCAGUACAGGGUACUGGGGAAAGGCGGCUUUGGGGAGGUCUGCGCUUGCCAAGUCCGAGCGACAGGGAAGAUGUACGCCUGCAAAAGAUUAGAGAAGAAGAGAAUAAAAAAGAGGAAAGGCGAAUCCAUGGCACUGAAUGAAAAGCAGAUUUUAGAAAAAGUCAAUAGUCAGUUUGUAGUCAAUUUAGCCUAUGCCUAUGAAACAAAGGAUGCACUGUGCUUAGUUCUGACCAUAAUGAAUGGAGGUGACCUGAAGUUUCAUAUCUACAACAUGGGAAACCCAGGCUUUGAGGAGGAAAGAGCUUUGUUUUAUGCAGCAGAGAUUCUUUGUGGCUUAGAAGACCUACACAGAGAAAAUACUGUGUACAGAGAUUUGAAGCCAGAAAAUAUCCUGCUAGAUGAUUACGGCCAUAUCAGAAUAUCCGAUUUGGGUCUAGCUGUUAAAAUCCCUGAGGGCGAAUCAAUCCGUGGAAGAGUAGGAACAGUAGGGUAUAUGGCUCCAGAAGUGUUGAACAACCAGAGAUACACACUCAGCCCUGACUACUGGGGGCUAGGCUGUCUCAUUUAUGAAAUGAUUGCUGGGCAAUCACCAUUCCGUGGAAGGAAGGAGAAGGUGAAGAGGGAAGAAGUGGACAGAAGAGUGCUGGAGACAGAAGAGGUGUACUCCCAUAAGUUUUCUGAGGAGGCCAAGUCCAUCUGUAAAAUG